AGCCCCGGCUCCUCUCCCUCUCUCUUUCCCUGCCGAGGAGCGUCACGCAGUUGUCCGGUACGUCUCCUUAGCGAGUCCUCAGUCAAUCCUGGAAACCGGAUCGCUGGGAUAUCACUCAAAGGAAUAAAACCAAUCGAAGGAGGAGGAGGAGGGGGAGUUGAAGGCUAUACAACAGCAACAGUGAGAGUUGUCCCGGGGAAGAGGUGUCUUCCCAAAACCUGAGGUGAGCUGGGCUAUGUUUCCUAAUAUGUGAGUGUGUGCUGCAGUGGGGUGAGAGGUGCGUCAGCUUCUUCUCUGCACUGCCGGAGAGCGCACAAAGAGUGUGUGUACAGUGAUUGUGCACUUUCCUCCUUGUGUGGACGGAGCAGAUACUAAACCUUGGAUGGCAGCUGAGGGAAACUUGAAGGAGCAGCAUAAUUACCCCCCUCCCCACCACCUCCUCACCCUCCCUGACAGCCUCCUAUGUCAAUGUGCGUUUGUAUGAAACCCUCUGCGUAAUGCCUCUUUAAAUGUACGGUCCGUUCAUUAACGCCACAGCGCGCGUCGACUUGUUUCUGGGACUAUUUAGGACCAGGGUGGGAGGGAGCAGCGGCUGGCCCGGGUGGGACAGAGCAGUUUGUCAUGUCUAUAUUAGGAAAGUGGCAGUGUCAUUCUUUCGCUCUGUCUCCGGAGCGUGCGCCACAGAGGAGGACUGUUCCAUUAACCCGAGGCACAUUGAAAAGACUACCUCGAAGGUUUCCAUGUUUUCCUUUAUCCAGAUCUUUUCACACAUUUACGCCAGUGUUUCUCAAAAACACACAAGUUUAAAGGUGAGACAGCAUGCAGAUUUCAACUCAGAAUCAAACUAGAGGCUUUAAAAGUUUCUUGAGAUUAUAAUUAAUUUCUAAUUUAACAGGAAUUGGUUUUAUUCUAUCAUUUCAAACAUUUUACAUCCUUCAUAAGUGCCUCCCACUGAAACAGAGCCACUGUCUUUGCAUUUAAUGUUCAUAUCCUAUUUAUGAUUGGCUUUCAAAAGGUAUAAAUAAUAGGGCUGGGACGAUAUGCUUUUCUCCCGAUUCGAUUCUUCUACGAUUUUUUUGGAUGCCGAUUCGGUUUAAAUUGCGAUUCUACGAUAUUGUCGAUUUUCUCGAUCUUUAGUCUGCAUUUGUAACACAAAUAAAACAGCUGAAUGAUUAUGAUUGUCUACUGACUAUUCCAGGAACCAUAUUUUCUCAAAAAUUAAACAUCACAUGUAGGUCAGUUUUUAAGAUGUAUUCUUACAUUUGAAAUAAAAGAGAUUUAAAAAUUGUAAAACAAAAGAUUGGGAUACUUAUGUGAAUCGAUUUUUUUCUCCCACCCCUAAUAAAUAAGCACAUUUAUUAAUCCAAUGCUUGAAAACAAACAUGUUUUGUUCAGCAGGAGUUAUAACGGCAAAGGCCUCUUUUCUUUAGCGGCCAGCUGAAAAAUCAUAAUUACAAUCAUGUUGAACUACAGUAGAAUAAAAAACUGUUUAUAAAUGUUCAAAAAUAUGUCAGCUCUUGCUUUCACUAAAGCUCCACAACUGGCCUGCGUAAGUGUCUGCUGGAAUGUAAAUCUGCUGAUAACAGAGAGUUUCCAGGAAAGAAGACAACACCUCUGUCCUCUCAUCAGUCCCAGCCUUCAGACUCAUAUUCCAGUGUGAAAACCAUUUCUUUCAGCUCAGAUGAGAGCAGGAGGAGGAGGAGGGCCACUUUCUCUUGAUCAUAAACCUGUGAAUCGACACAUUUUUGAGGGGAUUUAGCAGAACUCUGCCCACAUUAACAGUCAUUUUGGUUGAAUUUCAGAUUUUAGAAGACAGUUUUAGGCGAUCUUCCAAACAAGAGAAAGAGCUCUGCUGCAUUUAUCUGAAGUGUUGUGAGCCUGAGGCAAGCUCACUUCUUUGUGUUACUGUAGUUUGAGCCUGAUGGUGCAGUCUGUGAGUGUUUGUUAAAUGAGUUUUAAACGACACACUCUCACAAGGACCGUGAAUGUGACCCAGUGCUACUUACUGGCUAGCUUCACAGUGUAUGUGUUGUAUAUUAAGGUCUCCCUCCCGGCCUUUUAUCUGUCCUCUCUGACUUAGAGUUGCUCUUUGAUGUUCAGCCCUCACAUAGUGUUUACUGGGACCAUCAACUAUUAAUAUCUACACUGAUGGCAGACACUGUUAUGGGAUAUUGCUUGUGUUUUGGUGGAUUAAACUCUGGGUGGUUGCCUUGGACGGCCACACGCUAGAAAGUGGUCAGACAAUUAAAACACUUUAAAAUUAAUCAAGGUUAAAGAAGGUUAUCAUUGAACAUAUUUUUUUUCACAAGCAAUUAUUAUUCUUAAAGCUCCUGUGGGAAACUUGUGGUUUGUUUCAACUUUGGCGCCCCCUGUGGACAAAGCUGUUUUGCUUAUUUUGUCCUCUCAAAGUUUAAGUAGUGUCUUUUGAUGAAAAAUAUCUCAUCCUGCUGACUUUUGAUAGUAAAAUGUUUUAUUCAUUGUGAAUUCUUUUUACAGAAACUGGGCAGUUUCUGUAGCUGCACAGCUGACACCACACUGGUAUUAGGCUUUAAAAAUCACUGUACACAUAUCAUCAAUCUCGCUCCUGAUGGUCUUGUGUGUUUUUGAAUAUCAGAAAAAAUCAUCAUUCAAUCAUCAUCAUUCAUAAACAUAAAAAACUCAUCACAGGAGCUUUAAGGAAGUAUAGUACCACACCCUUUAUCUCCGCUCUUUGUCUCUCUUUUCCUGCCACUGUGUUAUUUGUGCUUUUCUAUAUAAUCAUGUUUAGGCUCAUAGCGUAUAAGUUGAUGGCCAAUCAACAAGUCUAGGGUGUGGAUGAUGUUACUCUGAUAUGUCAGCUUUUGUCAACCUGUUGCUCAUCUCGAGCGUCACCUUUUUCCUCUUUAUGUAGCCCAGAGACGUUAAACUGCCAAACUUUCAGUACAGCAUUUAACAAACCAAAUGUUAAAGUUAUACUGGCUCUGUCAAUUUUUUAAAUAUAUAUUUGUGUGUGUUAUUUAACAAGAAUUGGACACCUAAAACCUCAUCGUGACUUUGUGGACUGGUAGUUUGAUCAGAUUUCGUCGACAGCAAACAGACCAACCAACUUUCAUCUAAUAUUGUACAAUCCUGAAGGAUGCCCAGAAGCACAUUUUCUUAUAAAGACAUAUCCGCCUGAACCCAGAAAAGAAUCAACAUAAAACAGUGUUUUGCUUUAUUAUAUUCUCAAAGUAGAAAGCUGGUUGUAAGAACAUUUUAGGGACCUUCACAAUGUUUUUUUUAAUGGAUAUGCAUCAUAUAUGAGAAGCAGGUCUGCCUUUGUCCUGAGUAAACUAAAAAACAUUUCUUGCUAAUAAAACUCACAUCUCUUGUUAAAUUAUGUGACGCUUUAUCUGGAAGAUGAACAAAUUUUCUGGGCAACUCUAUAUAAAGCUCAAAAUCACUGAGUUCAGUUUGUCAUCUUCGGCCUCAGUGAAAGUUACUGUACAGUCAAUUAACUCUCCAGAAAAUGGUUUAGAGGAUUAAGUAGGGAAUUUUUUUUCUUCGUAAUGGAGAAACUUAUUUAUCGCCCGCUCUUUUUGCUCCUCCUGCUCUACUUUCAGUAACCAUGAGUCGCAGCAUUGUGCGGCAGAGCAAGUUUCGCCACGUGUUCGGCCAGACGGUGAAGGCCGAGCAGGGGUAUGACGACAUUCGUGUUUCCAAAGUCACGUGGGACAGCUCCUUCUGUGCCGUCAACCCAAAGUUCCUGGCAGUCAUUGUUGAAUCCAGCGGAGGAGGAGCGUUCCUGGUCCUGCCCAUCUCUAAGGUCAGUGAGGUCAAAGGAGACACAUUUCCAGGCUUUGAAGCAAAAACAGUGUCCAGUGUUUAUACACCAGUAGAGAUCACAUCUAGUGAAGAGGGUCCCAAAACCAGACAAACAUUUCAUAAAACAUGCACCCAUAAUCUCUGCUUUUACCUUUAUUUUCUAUACUCAAAAGUGUUGUUGUUUCAUGUCUAUGCUCACUCUCUGAUGAUCAAUACAAUAACAUGUAUACUGUAGCCUAUAUAUGACUUUAAAUGAAACAGGGUAAAUAAUGAGAUGUGUUUCAGAAAAUAUGCUCAAUCAUAACCAAACUAACAGUAUGUUUCAUUGAGUUGUUUCCUACAGAUUUGUUUCCAUGGCAUCCGUUUCUACGGUUUUCAUAAAUCCAUUUUUUUUUUCACUAAAAUGACCCUUUUGACCCAUAAUGAGUCUGAUAUUUAGAGUUUUGAGUAAAAUGUCUUCACAGCUUUUUCACAGAUUACCACUGAACUUGUUGUAUGCAUUCAUUUUCUUUCUGGGAUGUCAUUCAUUUAAAAUCCUUUUUCACAUGUCCUUUGGUCCAUGAUUAAAUCCUUGCAAAAUUUCUGUCAUUUAAAUGUUAGCAUGCGAGUGUGUUUUAACUCAAGACGGAAAAAUUGGCAUAAGAAAGCACUAGGUAAUGCCAUGUUCCUUAUUUUAUACAGGUGUCCAUAAACCCUUAUCUCAGCACUAUUUAGCCUCUGCCAAAGUGCUCCUUUUUGGCUGCUUUUCCAGUGAUAUAAAGUAAGACACAGCUCGUGGGUGUUAUUUUUUACACCGCUUUGAAGUCAAGGAACAACUAGGUGGUUAUGUCUUUGCAGAAAAUGGCUGACCCUAACUUCUCGCUCUUCAAUGUUAGCUAAGCUGGCUGUUAUUACCUGAGGUGCUUUCAUAAUGUUACUGACACCUUGUGGAUCUGAGUCCUCAGGAAGACCCCAUGUGUCAGUAACAGCCACGAUAAUGUUGUCUAGGAAGCGAUAUUUUUUUUGUAGGAUGGUAGGGGAGAGUCCCGCCUCCUUCGCAUCUGAUUGGCUAGAAAAGCUGGAAACGUCAUCACACGCUCAAGCCAAACACAGGCUGUCGGCUCUGUACAUCAAACAGAACAUUACAGAACAUUAUACACUUCUGACUCUCCUAACCCUAACCCUAACCCCUAACCCUAACCUGACAGACAAUGACGUUUCACAGCCAUAAGGAAAAACCAACAGUAGCCCAGCACUUCUAGCCAAUCAUCAGUGUAUCUAAUGUUGAUAGGACUGUCCUCAUGUUGACCAUGGACACCUGACUCUGUAGCUUUAAAUAUAUAUUUAUUACAGAGUGGAUCAACAUAAAAGGACCCCUUUAUGCAGUGUUGAGAGACAUUUGCCACAUUGGGAAUAUUGACUCAACCUGACGUUUGGUUGACCUGACAAGAGAGUAAAAGAUGGAGUUGAGUUGUGUCUGCUGAAUUACAGCUGCGAUGUGCUUGCUGGUCAAGUUGCUUUGCAUGUAAUUAUGCCUAAAUUAUGCAAAACAUGUAGACUUGUUGUCCUCAAAACAAAUGAGUCAUGAAAAAUGGGCUACUCAGACCAAAGAUAAAUGUUAAUUUAUUGUGGUUAUUAACAGAUUCUCCAAGGCUUUGAGUCCUCUUGAAGUUGAUACUCAAGGAACUGAAGGAUCUUUCUUUGCAACUCUGCUUCAGCUUCGUUUUUCAACAUUGUUGGUUGCUUCAUGGUUCUAACUAAAUGAGAUAGAAAUGGGAAUUUCCUUAUUCCAAAAAGUCAGUCCACAAAUUGCUCCUUUUGUCAGGAUGGAUAUUGUAAAUGUUUGAAAUACUUUCUUCAAACUGAUCUUUAUUUUUAUGUGGGUUUCAGCAAAGAUUGAAGCCAGACAAAAGAGACAGAGAAAGGAAGAUCAUUUUAAAUAGAUAAGAAAAGAAAAAAAGAAGUAUAGAUGGUUCAGAUAGGUUUGUUUUCUUUCGAGGAUAGCUCAUAGUUCAUGGGCUCACUUGACUGUUCACUCAAUUGGUGCCAUGUGUCACUCUGUAUAGUUCUAUCUUUUCCACCAACUAAGUUUUGUUGAUUCAGGAUGGCCAGAGAUGGUUUCAGACUUCCUGACUCAGCACUUGUCAUGUUUGGAAACCCCUCCUAGCAACUGCACCUUGUGUAAUGUCGAGUUAUAAGUGGCCAUGACAGGAUGGAUGUUACAUGACAUAAUCAGAAAACUGGUAAUGAGGAGGGUGAAGAUGAUGACCCCCUAAGUCUUUGGCAGGCGUAUCUUUACUGGAGUCAAGUAACAUGAUCCCAAGUAUCAGACAUUAAGAGAAGUCACUUUAUUAUUUAAUUGUAUUUUAAAUUUCACAGAUAAAUGCACAAUCAUCCACAUUUACAGCAAUCUGGUUUCUCAGUCGGGUGCUACCUUGACAACACAGUCCAAUAGUUUGACAACUGAGAGCUAAACUAGUGUCACUCACAUAAUUCUGCUGUUCUGGAAAUGUGAAAAAUACAGAAAAAGGUUUGGUAAUUGGAGCUUGAAAAAUUAAGUUUUACACAAUGAAGGAUUUUAAUGACUUUUUCAUUUAUUGAAAUAUGAAGGAUGUUUUUAUGUACUUUUCCAGACAUGAAAUAUUUUACAUGUGAGAGAAGGGGGAUCACUGCUGGAAUAUAUCAGCAUAUUAACGUGGUACAGAGUCAGCCAAGGAUACUCCGACUGAUCCCCAGGAUUUUUGGAAACAUUAGGAAAUGGCUGUGAUUCUUUACUAGAGUCAUAGUGAACAGACAUGCUAUUUAUAAACACCAACGUGCUCUUCAUCCUCCAUCUACCCCCAUCAGGGUCCCCAAUGGGCCACAAGAAAAACUCCCCUUUCAACGCCUCGUCGCCUGGCUAUAAAUACACUCUCUUGGUCUGUGCUUAAAAUUGAUACGUGUUCACACAAGAGGAACAGGCAAAACACUGAAUAACCUGGAAGUGACAUCACAAUAAUAGUCUCCUUCAUAUAAAAAAAAAACUGUCUAGUUAUGUCUGUGUCAUGACGCUCCAUCGUGACUCUGCAAGAUUAGGUGAAGAAAUAGUUUUAUACACUGUUUUUAAAAAAGCAGUUUUACUGGUGUCAGCACAGUACCAGUCUGUUAUUUGUCUUAUUAUAACAGCUUAUCCAUAUCCAAAAAACACACCUGAUUCUGUUAGAGCGUUAACAUUUGGUUUUUACUUUCCCAUAUUUAGUGUGUUGUUGACUGGAUAAAGAUUGACCAAAGUGAACAACUUGUUUAGACCCUUGAUAAUACCGUCUCAAUUAGCGUUGUCACAAUAUACCAAUAAUGAUGGCUAACGUGUUUAUGUUAUUUUUAUUUUUUUAUGAAACAUUAAUAUCUGGCUAAAAAUAAACACAGGGUCACACCAUGAGUGCAAAGUGGUCCUUUCAACUGGUGAGUAUGGGUCUCAAAUCAGAGGACAGACAAUAGAGACUUGGCAGACUGUCUGCAAUGUUCAAGAUUGAUUGUGAAUCCCAAAACAAUCUUAAAGCUUGAGUUUAUUUGGGUACCAGAUCACUAAACAUCUUUAAUUCAUCUCCAUUUUCUUAAAACUGAUUUCAUUCAUUCCCCUCAGAACUAACCUCUACCAGAAGUAGAUUGAGAGUCUAUUUCAAAAUAAAAGCAUAGUUUUUACCACAUAGGAAAUAAAGUAACCUUAAAGCAAGACAGAGAAAAAUUAUCAAAAUAAAAGCAUGACAAAGGAUCAUUUAUAAGGCUAUGUCUUCUUUAAAGCAGUUUUGGGUGAUGUGGAUAAAUCAUAAAUUUAAACAUGAUGAUGACAUGUUGGUUUGAUUAGUUUAUAAAGUGGUGUGCUGCUCUACUCCAGCCGUGGCUAUAACCUGUUUGCAGAUUAAAUCCAUGCUGUUGCAACACAUUAUGACAUUGUACUCCAAAUGCUAUCAUAUGAUCUUGAAUCAUAUAUAUUUAGGUGAUUAUAACAGGCUGAAAUAAACAUGGGUUUCUUUAUAUAACCUGGCACGUCAAAUAAUACACGUAAAGACUAUAACUUCUGUUUUGUCAUGUUCAAUGUCUCAAACUGCUGCUGAAGGGUAAGUGUCAGAUGAAGUGAUUAACUGCACAAUGCAGGGACCACUUCCCAAACAUACUUCUGGAUAAGAUUCUCGAUGAGAUACAUUUGACCGUUAAAAGAAGAACAAGGAAAAUUUUUGUCAGUAAACUCUGGUACCACUUCAGGAGCUUAAAAGACUCACACUUCUGACAAUAAUGAUGCCUUUCAAAUAGUUAAACAAUAAUUCAAAGAAAUGUUUUACAUGCUCUUUUCUUUCUCACAUUAAACAGUGAUUUUUUAACAGUCGCAGUGCUAACUCUGUGUGGAUGGUGUUGUGUUUUGCAGACAGGUCGUGUGGAUAAGAACUACCCACUGGUGAUCGGACACUCUGGACCUGUCCUCGACAUCGACUGGUGCCCUCAUGACGACAAUGUCCUGGCUAGCUGCUCAGAGGACUGCACUGCCAUGGUAAUGACUCUGCAUAUGUGUAUAAUACUGUGUGUGUGUGUGUGUGCGUGUGUGUGGUGUGUGUGUGGUUGGGGUGGAGAGGUCUGAGUGGGAGAUAGAAAUUGAAAAACAUGUGGAGGAGUUUGCUUUUGGUGACUCAGAAAUUUGUCAUAAAAGUCAUCACAGUCAGGUCUGCUCGCCUGUUGGAUAAGUGAAGUGAUUCAGCGCGGGCAUCAGCGCGUCUACCUGUUUGACUCUCACUGUCCACCCACCUGUUCCUGCUCACGUCUGUCUCCUCGUCAGUCUGACUCGCAGAUUUUGUCCUUGACAGAUUGAUCAGGAUCUGUCGAAUGUCUGAAACCAACCUUGUUAUAGUGAAACAGCUGCUAAUCCUGUUCCUACUUCAACAUGUUUCUGUUUUACUGUGUGUGUUUUACAGUCAGGUAUAGAGGACGAAAGAAUUCAGGGGUUAAAACUGGAUGGAUGGGGGUUUGGUAGAGUGGUUUGAUUUUACAUUAUCUCCAAGAAGGACCUACACACUAAAAAAUCCCGGCCAUAGUAACAUAAAACACAGAAAAAGGAAAACUGUAGCUUUAAAAGAGAAGUAACAAGCUCAUUUCUAUCCUUUAUUGUUUUAAGAAAUGACUUCAUUUAUAGAUUGAUAAGAAAUUCUGUUGCCAACUGAUUUUAAUGGAGAUAAAUAAUUAAAUUUAGAAAACUAGAAUGACUGGAUAUAAUCUAUCUGUUAUAUUGUAAGAAUAAUUCUAAACUUCUUUCUGUUAAAUCUACAUUUUUCUUGUUUGUUUUCUUCUUUCUGUGAUAAUUACACACCAUACAUUUUCACCAUGGGACUGUCCGAACAGAUGGUCUUUUCUUUAAGACACACACGCUUUGUUUUGCGUGAGCAUGUGUUCAAAUGUACGGUAUGCCAACUAUGAAGCAUGUGUCCAACUUCUUUGUUUGUAUCAGGACAACAUUUCUUUUCAGUAGGUUUGCCCGCACGUGGACAGAUUUGCCCACAUUUGUUCACAACGUCACAGGUUUCUGUGAUUGCAUCUCUGCGUCUCUGAUGGCGGCAGCUGCUGGGUCGCUGUUUGAGUGCCGUUUGCUGCCCUCUGUGUGCAUGUGUGUGUGUGUGUGUCAGUGUGUGUGUGUGUCUGUGUUUUGGUAAUGCCUGAAUACAGACGGGCGGUUGCAGCUGUCCGGUUUUGGCAGAGCAGAAAGGCCAUAACUAUGAUGUCAUUCUCGGCGGUCCACAGAGAGGGAUCAUUGUGUCAUCUAGAGAGGCUCAUUAGAGUGUGUUAAUAUGUGCAACAGGGAGGGACAGGGCACUGUGUGUGUGUGUGUGUGUGUGUUUGUUUGAAUCUACAUCACCUGCUGGGUUUAAACUGAAAAGAUUUCACCGAAACAAACAGCAAAAUAUUGCUUCUGUAUUAUUAUUAGUUUCUUUCACAUUGUACAUCAUAUGUUCAGAUCUUUAUAUUGUGAAUCAUGUAAAAGCACACUGCCCCUAAAAUCAUGCUGGCAUGGCUUACAGGCUUUUCAUAAAGCUGUGCUUAAUGGUUUUAUUUAUUUAUUUUCAUUUAUUUCACCUGUAUUUAAAGGUCGGGUAGGCAGGAUUCUGUUAAAGAAGCGUCUUUUUCUGUGGUGUCUAUACAAAAAAGCUUUUAUUAUCAGUCAAUAGCUAUUAGUUAUUGAUGACAUUUGGCAAUAUAACGAUAUCGCUUAAAAUUUUUUGAGCGGCCCACUCUGUGUGACUGUAAACAAAGCAGUUCUCCGCCUCCCCCAUCCUGAUUGGUUGUGAGGCAGAAGCUGCUCCCUCAUGUUAUGAGGCUCACUCCACAUCCUUGAAUAACAUUCACAAAACCAAACAGUAGAAACCAACCAGAAUGUACAGAAAAUUGUCUGAAUCCUCCUUUGGCCACGACUGCCAGCACAAGCAAAAAAAUAAAGAGACUCUGGAGGAAUAAAAUGGAGGUAGACCGGACAAGAGCUUAAAAGCCGAGUCGAUGUUGGACGCUUCAGGAUCUUAUGGACCCUCGAGGAUCAUUGAGGUUUCCCUUUUUUACAAUGAUGCCGUUUGAACAUAUUUGUGAUGCCAUUGGCCAGUAAGCAGGGGCAUUGAAUUAUUGUGAAUAAAUAACAUUUUCUAAGCUUUCAUCAAAUUUGUGAAGUGAGUUUGAUGUGUUGGAAAAUGAAAGAUCAAGACUUGGUUAUACAACCAUCUGCAGUUUCUCUUGUGUUGAAGGACAGCUGAGUUCGUCAUUGAUUCCUAUGUGACCUUUUAAUAAAAUUUAAAUUUUGAUGUGCAUCAUUCACACAAAUGGCCCAAAAAUCCACAAAAAUAAAAAAAUUGGUCUCCAUUCUGUCACCAUCGGUUAUUCAGACCACCAAUUUACAAAUAAACGACCUCUGUGUCUGAUUUUCCUCUAUCUGUUCAUCCAGGUGUGGCAGGUCCCUGAUCACACACUGACCCGGCCCCUGUCUGACCCUAUUGUGGUGCUGGAAGGUCACUCCAAACGUGUGGGCAUCGUCAGCUGGCAUCCUACCACACGCAACAUCCUACUCACUGCAGGUGGGACACACAAGCAUACGAACUCUGACCUCAGGAAGGAACAAAGGUGGAUGUAGAGAUUUUGCAUUAACAUAACAUGAACAUCUGUCUCUGACCCCCUCAGGCAGUGAUAACCUGGUUAUCAUCUGGAACGUGGGUACUGGUGAGCCCCUCAUCUCCAUGGACGACCACCCAGACCUCAUAUACAGUGUCAGCUGGAACCGAAACGGCAGCUUGUUCUGUACCACCUGUAAGGACCGUCGUCUGCGUGUCUGUGACCCACGCAAGAGGGAGGUGGUGGCGGUGAGUGGGUAGAGAUAUUUAAAGAUAGGUGUGAAGAGAAAGACGUUCACAUCUUUGUCACUUUAUUCGUUUUUCUUCACAAACGCAGAUGAGAUGGUUGACAGAGAGAUGAAAAUUAGACAGUUUUAUCAGCAUAUGUACAAUUUUCCCUUCUACACCGAAAAAACAAAAAAAUUUAAGGAAAUAUUUGAGAAGGUGGAAAAAUUUUGAAUGUCUUCCUUCAUGUUGGCCAACAGGAGAGACUGGCUCCACAUGAGGGGAUCCGGCCAAUGAGAGCCAUCUUCACCAGAGACGGGAACAUCUUCACCACAGGAUUCACCAGGAUGAGUCAGAGAGAGCUGGGACUCUGGGACCCGGUAACACACCAAUUCAGAACCGCACAUUCUGUGUUCAUACAUGCCAUCAAAAAACAUGUGAAAUUUAAUGAUCCUGCUCUUCACAUUGCAGUGUUUCAAAUUUUUCGUCCUCUUCACAGACAAACUUUGAGGAGCCUAUUGCACUGUUGGAACUGGACACAAGUAAUGGAGUAUUGUUACCAUAUUAUGAUGCUGAUGCAAACAUGGUCUACCUUUGUGGAAAGGUACACAAAUAUUGUGAUUUAUGGUUACUAAAUCACUGAACAGUAUGCUUCUUCCUUUGAAUUUCAACCAUAAUAAUGACAAAAGUGUCAUGUUUGUGUUUGACAUGUGUCACUUGUGCGUUUUAUCUUUGGGCAGGGAGACAGCAGUGUCCGUUACUUUGAGAUCACAGAGGAGCCACCAUAUGUCCAUUACCUCAACACCUUCAGCAGUAAGGAGCCUCAGAGAGGGAUGGGCUUUAUGCCAAAGAGAGGUGUGGACGUCACCAGAUGUGAGAUUGCAAGGUAAUAAGAAACAAAUCAUGCAUUUCAUGGGCAGUAAGGACUGAAUAUGUUGUCCACAGGUUUUAUCAGGCAUGUUUUAUACCACAAAUGUCCAUAUCUGUCUAAUAAUGCAUCAUAUUACUUUGAAAAUGAUCUCAGAAUAUAAAUCAAAAGCAAACACUGAUGGAUGUUUGCUCUCCUCUUUUCUCCCGUUCUCCUUUUAGGUUAUUUAAGCUCCUCGACAAGAAAUGUGAGCCCAUCACGAUGACAGUUCCCAGAAAAGUAAGUCCAGUUUAACCAGCUGAUCUUAGUCUAAUUUUUGACUAGCCGGAAAAGUGGGAAUAGAGUGUCUACAUCCUAAACUCUACUUCAUAAACUCUACUACAUUUGGAGAGAAAUACCUCCUCUCCAUUCGUGAAUCAGUCCUCAUAUUUGAAAAUACUUUUGCUAACAUACUUUAAAAGGAUUUGAUCAGUUUAUAAAUCCUAAUACACAAUUUAUACAAUAUGAAACUGGAAAAACAACAAAAAGCUGGGAAUCAUGUGUCUUUACCAACCUGAUUUUCUCACUGUCUUGUGUAGUCGGACCUCUUCCAGGAUGACCUGUAUCCAGACACAGCAGGGCCUGAACCUGCCAUGGAACCGGAGGAGUGGCUGGACGGCCGGGAUGAAGACCCGAUCCUGGUGUCCAUGAGGGACGGCUAUGUGCCCCCGAAGAGCCGAGAACUCAAAGUGGCAAAGAAAAAUGUGCUGGACUCCAGACCCACCACCCGACGCAGCAUGUCCACUUUGGAAACCAGCAGUCUGCCGGUAAGUUGUUGAAGGCGGAGUUUUAACUUCUACACCAGGACUGCACAAUUAAUUGAAUUAUAAUUGCGAUAAAAGCUGCCCCGGGAUAAAGAAAACAUUAUUAUUUAAAAUGAUCAUUAUGGUUAAUUUUGAUAUAUACUUAGAAUAAAGAGUUGCAGCUCAUUUUUCCAUCAUGUUAUUCUUCUCCACUCACACAAAUUUGGCCAAGACAAUAAAUAUGGUCUAUUAAAGUCCAAAAGCAGUAGCAUAAGAGUGCACUGAGCGGGUGUAUAAGCACAAACAUACAAUAUAGGGACGAUGAUUAGAAGGUGAGUGGACGCAUGAAUUGAUUUAAGAGAUUGACUGUAUGGAUAAUAAUCAUAGUUAUCAUUUCAGCCAUAAUUAUGCAGUCACAGUUGAACCGUUUUGUGGAGAUUUUUUAUGGCUGUAUUUGAAAAAUGUGAAAUACUAUUACAAUCUAGCUUUUGAUGCACAUCCUCAGUAACAAAAGGAUGACAUUUGGAUUUAUUUGUACCCUGUAAUAAGUCACUUUAAAGAUAUUUAUCUUCAUGUAACCCCUUUCUGUUUAUCUCUCUUCCUUUUUGAACCUGUCCAAAAACUUUUCCCCCACAGCUCUUUUCCUCAUUUCGGUUAAUUUUUCCUAGUUACUCACUGUCCUUGACCUAUUUUUCCCCUGUCUAUUUUUCUUUAUCCUUAAAUCUCCCUUCCCUGUCAUUGUCUUUUCUCCUUUCCUCUUCUGUUUCCUGUUUUUUUUUCUUUCCUCUCGUCUUUUCUCUCUUUCCUCUUCUCCUCCUUUCUAGCCUCAGUUGCUUGAGAGGUUGCUGGAGGAGAUUCAGAAUCUGAAGGCCACAGUUUUGUCACAGGAGAAGAGAAUCUGUGAUUUGGAGGAUAAGCUUUCCCAGUACACCAACGGCACUGACUGAUGUGCAUGAAACACACAACUUCUGAAAAACUGGAAUUUCAGAACAACUGCUCUAAAUCAUAGACACAUUUCCCUUCCAUUUACACAAUAUUGCCUUUAGAUAGAAGACAAGGUGCAAGAUGAGGAGUGUGGACAUUGUACAUGCAUACCGACAGUCUAAAAAUUGGGAUAAAAACAUUCGUAGUGUUUUCCUUACAGAAUUCACUUCCUGGUUUGAACAUCUUGUGAACACCUUUACAGAGGAUUGUUGAGAACGUAAGGGCUGUGUAAAGUGGACUUUGAGCGCUGUAAGUUAGAGGGACAUAGAUAUGUUGGAUGAACAGGAAGAGGAAAGUCAAAACUUUUUUAAUAACCGUCUGAGAAAAAUGAUACAAAAAUAGCAAAAAAAAUCAAAUGCUCAAAAAAAUUCAGCCUUAAAUGCAUUUUGGGGGUUUUAGCCCCCUUAAACUUCAUACAGUGGACACACACACAAGGUGCCGUAAAGAGAAAUACAUCAGGCACACAUCUCCACAGAUGAAUCUGUCUGGUCCUCAGGCAAAUCUCUGACCAGUUUAUUUGAAUGAGUCCUGCGGAAAACUUUUCAAAAUGUAAAUAGUUUAAAAGGAAGUGGAAGAGAAAUUGUUGAUCUUGUAGCAAAAUGUGAAAUGCCAAACGUUUUGUGCUCUGUAAAGGAUUAUACAUAAGACCCAUUGACAACAAUAAAAAGAGUGUUUUAUAAAGAAUGUUUUUUUAAGCUUCUGUUUAUCAUCACAAAUGUCCAUUUUCCACACCUAGAUCCCAAGCACACUAAUGGAAACUAAAGAUUUGUUGAAGUCUGAAUCACACUUUAGGCAUGGUGAAACAAACAUACACAAAUGUGUGAAAAUCUGUUACCUACCAGUGUCUGUCCCAUGGUUGCACAAAGGUAUGAUCACACCCUUCACACCCUCAUGUAGUUUAACAACAACAGCUAUGUCUAGGCCAGUCCAUGUCGAACUCUGUCCAGCCCCCUGACCAACUGCCAUGACUGAUUAUUUGGAAACUUAGAAAAUACAAACAAACCUUUAUUCAUUGGUUCUGUUUGAGUCACUGCCAACAUCAGUCUGUGCAGCUGGUUACAACAUGCUGGGCCCACAUAGAAACCUGAACAUCACCUGUUCUCUGUCACUUUUAGAUAUAAAUCAAAUGAAGCUGCUUGGUCUUGCCUCAUUUGGUCCUGUUAUUUAAAUCUUUUAAAAAAAAAAAAGUUAUAUUGAGGGCGAAGUGUUUUCUUAAGGAAAAAUAAUGGAUGCACCACGGCAAUUAGAUCACAGAAAACAGAGUGGAAUAAUAACAAAGUACAACUUAAAAACACCUAAAAGCUAAUUAUCAAUACUCUACAGUGCUCCCAGAACGUUACACUGUUUUUUGUCAAUGAAAUAAUUGAGGAUUUAAUGAAGCACAUUCAUCACAAGUUUUAUUUUUAUUUUAUCUAUUAGGAGCCUGCAGAGCUGAAGCAAAUUACUCCUUAACAAUGUAUUUCUAUUUGCACAACAGAAGUGUAGUCAGAGGGAGAAGGUAAAUUGUGUUGAUAACAGCAGUAGAAAGAGACUGAAUUAUGUAACAUAGUGUAUGCACUGUAAGGGGGUGUGUGUCUUUAACCUUGUCUUGGUGCUGGCAGUGUCUGUUGUUUUGAAAAUAAAAUGCAGGGCAGCUUUUGCAGCGCCAUGUGUCCAUGAAAAGAUGCUCUGAUUUUAGUCACUGCACUCUCAGCCCAAUCAAUCAAAUCCUAGUCCCAUCUUAAUCCACCAUGCAGUGACUAGCCGACAUAAACUUCCUUUAACAGGCAGAACCCUCAAGCAGAACCGGACUCAUGUUUGUUACAUUCUACUCUGCUGAUCCAGUACAGCAUAGUGUAUUUAUCGACAGAGCUGUCAGUUAUAAUGUCACAUCCACUCUUUAAGGUUAAAUAGUUAAUUUAAAUAACAUUUGACAAAUCAUUUCUUUGUGUUGAAUGUGGAAACUAAAGACAAAGCAGCAAAGUACACAGUCUGGAUUAACCCCUGCUAUUGCGCCUUUUGGUCCAGUACGUGGUGUAAGGUUCAUCAAAUACAAGCUGUGCUCUCACAAAUGUUGACUAACUUAGCUUCUCUCCUUUACUGCAUUUGCAGUAAUAAUGCAUCAUAUUUAUAUUUGUGUGAAACUGGAUUUCAUGGUCAUCAGACAUGCCCCAACCUGUGAACUCAAAGCUUUCAGAAAAGUUUGCCUGAUGAUGUGAGUACUUCUGAUAUCAACCAUUUUAACAACAGUCUGUUCAGAGGAGAAACUAACCACACUUUCUUCUUUGAGGUACAAUUUUCAGGCCGAGAGCUGCUGCUAAGACGACAACCCAAUUUCUAUCAAUUGUUUUGACAUUUUAUUGUUAAAUACUGUUGAAUAAUGCAAAUCUGAAUCAUAGAGAGAAUUUUUAAAACAGGCUCAAUAGUCACUGCUGAGGAAGGCAGAGGGGUUGCAGGACAGCUUUUGUAACUUAGCAACAGAGAGUGCUGAAGAGAAGUGCUCGGAAGAUGAGGUCAUGCCCCUAAAACAGCGAUGAGCCGAAACUGCUCAAAAUUGCAGUUUUCCUCUGUUAACUCUUCUUCCAAUACAGUUGUGCAGUCAACAGACUCUUAGUUCUGUUAAGACUUGGAGCCCAAAUAUCAAAAUACAUAAGGAGAAAAGCGACAUUUGUGUGACUCUAGUGGACUCAGAAAAAGCAGCUGGUGCAUUCAUUUUGGAGGAGUAGAAACAGCUGCCUACAUUACCGAUGUUAUCGGCCACCAGCAGUUCCAUAUCAGGUGAGCAGCAGGAUGAGCUAUAGAAGACCAUUGUUACAUUGGCGUUGUCAGCAGCAGGGUUGGUGAUUAUGGUCCCAUUUCCCUGGAUGAGCCGUACAUGGUUAACACCUGUCCCCUCAGCUCCAUCAGUCACCCGCAGAAAGACCGUCCACGAUGAGUCGCUGCAGUUUGCUAAGCCAGAGCAGUUGGACUGAAAGCUGAGCAGCUGACACUCUGGCUCGAUAAAAUCUGCUAUCUAUGAGGGAGAUAAAGUGGAUGCAGACAGAUGGUUUUACAUCAAUCACUAAGUCAAAAAACAAACGUGAAGUUAAAGGGAUAUUCUGGUGUAAAAUUAAUUUAGGGUCAAACACACCGUAACACAGAGUUAGACACCCCCUCCAGAGAUGAAUGUUGCCGACCGCUUGCUUCUCUAGUUAUAUCAACUUUAGUAACGACUGCAGGAUAGCAAUACACAGCGGUCUGAGGAGCCAUAAACAAACCUCAACCAAAACGCCACUUUAUAGCCACAAAUAAUGCUCAGAACAGCACCUAACUUCAUCAACAGUACAUAUAGGGUCCCAGCCACAGCACUAGACCACCAAACAUCUUUUUAGUUUGCCUGAUAUCUUUAGCAAAGAGACUAAACACAACUCACCUAUUUUCUUCCAGCAGCCACUUGUUUGUAGGGAGAUCUCUGGGCGAGUC